CAUUUAAACAACACAUUAAACAUGUUUAAUCAUUACGAUGUAUGAUAACGAAAUGCUAACAUUUCUCAAUGGCUGGACCUGACUGGAUGUCAAAACUUCCGGAGGACCUCUGGGAUCAUCCUUUGAAUUUCUUAGCUAUUCCAGGGAGCAAUCAUUCAUUCAGUUUCUACAUUGACAAAGAGUCGAAAGUAGACCGUCCUAGUGAUCCUAUAUACAGACAGUUUGUUGAACACUUUGGCGAGCUUGCAGCCGAAAUAUCUUACAGAUGGACAGUUACACAGUCAACAACAUUGACUCAACAACUGAACCUUGGCAUCCGCUAUUUUGACAUGAUGGUAACAGCAAGAGGUGUUGAAAAGGAGGACAAAAAUGUUUACCUAAGGAACGGUCCUAACAUCUUGCAAGCUCUCAAAGAAUUCAAAAUAUGGUUAGAAAUGCAUCCGCAGGAAGUCGUCAUUAUUGACUUCCGGGUAGUGAAUAAAAUGAGUCCCGCGCAUCACAAGUAUUUACUCGCAAAUAUAACGCUAGACUUUUUCAAGGGCAAACUACUGGGAUAUACAGGUCAUGUUAAAGGCAUUACGUUGAGGAACAUGUGGUCUUUGGCAAAACAAGUCAUCGUCAUCUAUCCAAAGGAGUGUACAUAUGGAUAUUACUCCGUAUGGCCAAACGAUUGCAUUCAUUACGUCAUAUCACAGGACCAAUCAGCGAAAAAAAUGAUUCAAAAAUUGGAAACGCUUUAUCAACAUGGCCGCCCACCACAUGUUUUCUUUUGCCAGGAAGGGGUAAUGACACCUAACAACGACUAUCUAGCUGAAAAUUUACAUGGAACCUUGAAGGAAAAUUUAUCGAAACCAGCUCUAAGGGCUGUUCUGAACUGGAUACGCAAUAAAGACAUUCAAUAUGGGGAUGUGAAUAUUGUAGUGGCCGAUUUUGUUGACUUGUAUGAAUUUUGUAAGGAGGUUGUUACAGUUAACUAUGAAAAAAGAGCUUUAAAAAGAUAUGAUUUUGAGCCUAGAAGUUGCGCAUGCGUUGUCUUGUGACAUUCUAUUGUGACGUAGAUUAAUACUGAUUAGGUCAUUUUCAUACAAUCUUUCUGCAUUUUUCCGUCUUAGAAGUAAUGCAAUGUCUCUGCCAAUGUUUAAAUAUUCAUACUUCUGUAAACUUUGAUAAUUUGACAGUUUCUCUAGAAAAAAGGUGUUAAAAUUACAUUUUAAAAACUUCUUUUUUUGGCUUAGAUUGGCUAAGUUAUAUGCAUUUGUAUUAUAUCAUAAUGCUUUACUUUUCCAGUGUUUGUCUUAUAAAAUAGAUCGCAGAUCAUUUUUGUAAAACCGCUACAAUAGUCAUGUUGUUAUAUAUGAUUUUACAUUAUGUCAAAUAAAAUGGUAUUUGAAAGUCAA